AACAGACAAGACAUUCAGACAAAGAGUUUCAUCUGCACAGGUGGGAACGGGACAGAAGAAACUAGCAUAAUUCAACAGAUUAUGCAGAGAGCGCACUAGAAGCCAUUUCCAGAAGACAUCAAAAGCAAAUAGCAGUUUACAGAACAAGAGAUACAUCAGAAGUACCGUACAGACUUCUUGGCUCUCACUGUCCAUCUGCAGUCAGCGAACAGAAGUCCCCCUCGCAGAAAAAGAGGAAGCUACAAUGAGGAACAUGAAGCUGUUAGUCAUCUUGGUGUUCAUUGUGGUCAGCAUUGACGAGGUGAACUCACUUCGACGGUCCGAGAGACAAAAAGCACAACGCACAGGGAAAAUGUGUGUGACUGGAGAUGGGAGCAACUACAGAGGCACUGUGUCCACCUCAGCCCGAGGCCUUCGAUGCCUUGACUGGGACCUCUUCUCCUCCUGGAAGCACUAUCACCCCUCCAAGGGCCUGGGGCCACACAACCACUGCAGAAAUCCCAACAAUAGCCUGAAGCCAUGGUGUCGCGUGCGAAGAGGAGGAAGAAUAAUCAGAGAGUUCUGCGGCGUUCACAAAUGCAUGCCCGAAACAGCUCCUGUUACAACCAUACAACCCAAGGCUUCUGUGGAUACAGAGCGGACCUGCGGCGAGCGGACCGAGCGCCGGAGCAACAGGGUCGUGGGGGGCGUCGUGGCCCCCAUCCAGACCCACCCGUGGGUGACCGCGAUCUACCUGCCGGGCGGCAGCUUCCUGUGCGGAGGAACCCUCAUCGCACCCUGCUGGGUCCUCACCGCCGCGCACUGCUUCCGUGACAGCGACUACACUCCGGGAGAUCAACUGUCUGUGUACCUGGGGAAGAGCGCCCUCAACGAGACGGACGCGGAGAAGGAGCAGCGGUUCACUGUGGAACAGCUGGUCAUACACGCCGAAUACAGAAGCGGAGGAGUGGACUUUGAGAAUGACAUAGCGCUGUUGAGGAUACGUGGCAGUGAUGGUGCUUGCGCUGCUCGGACCGACUGGACCCGCACGGCGUGUCUGGCCCCCCUCCACACCAAACUGCCUGCUGGGAUGCGGUGCACCGUCACCGGCUAUGGCCGUGAGGUUGAAGGUGGACGUUAUAACUCCCAGUACCUGCGGGAGGCGAAGGUGCAGCUGCUCUCACAGGGCGAAUGCAGGUCCAACUACGCUGAGAAACUCACGGACAACAUGCUUUGUGCCGCCAGUCCAGACUGGAGCAGAGACGCCUGCCAAGGAGACUCCGGGGGCCCGCUGGUUUGCGAGACGGGGGGCCGGGCGUUCCUCUACGGGGUGGUCAGCUGGGGCGACGGCUGUGCCCAGAGGAACAAGCCGGGGGUUUACACGCGACUGACCAACUACAACGGCUGGAUCGCCAAGCAGACAGGCCUGCCGUCCUACACCGACGGAGCCAUGUACCCCAAGAAGUAACCAUGGUGACCAGCAGAUAGAAGGAGGACGGCGGUAUCUCAGGAAAUUAAGUCUGAAAAAAA